CAAUGGACAGGUUUGAAUUAUUCAAAGCUUGACAGUAGAGAAGAUGAUGAUGUUUUAUCUAUGCUUCAAACUUCUACAACUUUCAAGUGCUUUACCUUAAAGGAUAUACAAACUGCGACAAGGAACGCGAUUCCAGAUAAGCAGGAAGAUGACUUUUGUUGUGUAAAGGGAUGGAUCAAUAGGCAUACAUUAGCACCCACUAAAAAAGAUUCUGGUUUAGAAAUUUCUGUGAAGAAGCUUAACCGUGUGAACCACCAGAAACGCAGUGUAUGGUUGAGAAAAAUCAACAACAUGGGCCAGCUGAGUCAUCCUAAUCUUGUGAAAUUGAUUGGUUAUUGCUUGGAGGAUCAAUACCCCAUUUUGGCAUAUGAAUUUUUGGUCAAUGGAAGUUUGGACAAUCAUUUGUUUAAUAGGUCUUCUAACAUGAAGCCACUCUCUUGGACAGUCAGAAUGAAGAUAGCUCUUGAUAUUGCCAAGGGUCUGGCAUUUCUUCACAGUAAUGAAGUCGAAGUGAUACAUGGAGAUAUCAAAACUUCUAAUAUCUUGAUUGAUUCUAACUAUAACGCAAAACUAUCCGAUUUUGGGUUGGAAAAAAUUAGAGAUAAAUUUGGUGAGGUGAACUCGAGUUUGACGUUAUAUAUAGCGAUGUCUCAACCCUACAGAUACAUAGCACCUGAGUAUUAUAUCACAGUUCGCCAAACCAAAAGGAGUGAUAUAUACAGUUUUGGAGUUGUUCUGCUGGAAAUUUUGUCUGGCAAAUGUGCAGAUGCUAAAAACUGGCCACGAUGCGAACUAGGGGACAAGCCUGAGCGGUUCCACAUCAACCAAUACAUGAUCUUCCAACUUAUGGAUUCCUAUUUAGAAGGCCAGUAUUCGUUGCAUGAAGCGGGUGUAGUUGCUAUCAUUGCAAUUCGCUGUCUGUCUCGUGAUCCAAAAUAUAGACCAAAGAUGGAUGAAGUGGUGAGUUUAUUGGAACAAAAUAUAGGAUUCUAAUGAUACAGUACUUGAUGGCAAGGGAAGCUUUGAUCAGUCUCUAUAUCUAAACAAAUGGUUAUAUAUGGCUUAAUGUUCGCAACAAAAGUUGAUUUCUUCCAUUCCAACAUUUCUUUGUCAUCAAGCUUAGUUAUCAUUCUAAAAAUAUCUCAAAGUUUAGUUCGUGAAAAUAAAAGGGAAGGCAUAACUAGGAUUGUUGGUUCUGUGGAAAAAUUAUUUCAAAGGUAAUUAAAUGUCUAUUACAAAUUAUUUUUUCUUGUAGUCAGAGUCUAUCACAAUGUUACAGAAUUAGUAAAAAGCAUAUUAGGUUAUGAAUCACUAGUUGAACUUGAACCACAAAUUUGCAAUAUGAAAGUUUCACAAUUGUAAUGUGACAAUGCAUAUCCACUUAAAUUAUCUAUGGGUUACUCUUAGAGUGUGUUUUGAUGAGGGGAU